UCUCCUCCCGCUUUCCACCUCCGUUUGCGCAAGAGCGUAAAGAAGCGGAAAGAAGUCGGUUUUUUCUCUAAACCUCCCUCUGCGCGUCCGAGUCUCUCUUUCUCUCUCCUGUGGGCGGAGGUGACAAGGGAAACCCGUUAGUUCCUCCUCCUUCGCGUCUAUAUAACGCUGAUGAUGUCUCCCCUCGAGCAGAGCUGCACCUGCCGUGGAUGUAUAGCGCUUUAUUUACACGCCGUUUCUCGAGAUGUCCGCGUCCGCAGAUGUUGAGAGCCAGUCGCCCGCCGCGCGCUCCCGCAGCCGGUGUCUGGACACCUUCCUCACCGUGUCCGUGAUCGCGCUCUUCCUCAUGUUUAUGGUCGCGGGAUCGGGAGCGCUGUACUUCGCCAAACACAUCAAGGACGAGAUAGACGCGCGGACGACGCGACGCUCAGACGGAUCCGCGAACGCGUUGGUCGCACCGUUCGCCAAGACCGGAAACGCGUAUAAGAUGGAGAAUUUUGUUUACCUGAGGGCCACUGAAAGUGAACUCAAAACAGGUGUGAUGGCGUGGGAAACAUUCGCGUAUGGAAAGGGUCAAACCAUUGGCUCUCGCUACAGCUAUGAGGAAAAGCAGAAUGUGCUGAACAUCAAGGAAGGAGGAACCUACUUCCUGUACGUCCAGCUCAAUUUUUCCUGCACUGGACGAUGUCCAUCUGGCCAAUUCACUGUCAGCUUUUACAAUAAACACAAUAGUGAGGAGCUCAGCUGCACCGUCUCGCUGCCUGUGUGGAGCGAAGAAGCGCCUCACAGUCAGACGUGUUGGCGUGUCGUGACCUUUCCGGAAAAUGAAAACCGCCUCAUGGCCAAAUCACAGACUGAAGGCACACUAGACAACUGGAAACUGGAGAUGAAUGACUCUGGCUUUGGGAUGUUUCUGGUGGACGGAUUUGGAGCGCUGCAUCGCACGUGAUCAGCAGAAGCCUGGCCAAACUGAUUUACUCAGGACUUGUUUUUUAUGCUUUGAUGAGCAGGACUCCACUAAUGUCCAUAAACUCUAUUGGCUAAUUUGGCAAUGCCUUCAGCUACAAAAAGAUCGUCUCUUUUACGUUUUUGUCACAAUAUUCAAAUGCAUUCUGCCAAAUUAUGCAGAUUUUACUCUACAACUAAAGCUCAGAAAAUGCAACGGCUUCUGGAGACUUUGUCUGGGCCUGAACUGAUAAGCAAUGCUUCUUAAGCACUAUUUAUAACUGAAAUAUAUUUAUAUGUGUAACGUGAAAUAUUUGCAAUAUUUAUAUUCAUAUUUUGUGUAUACUGUACAUAGUGUGUUCAAACAUUUGUAGACAUCACUACGUGUGCGGGGCGUCAGACCGAACCCUUUCGUUCACUGAUUGCAUGUACUGUAUUUAUUCUACAGAUGUAUAGGUGCAUCACAGAAAUAACGAGUCAACUUUGACCAGCACAUCAACACUAGUGCCUUGGUUGGGUCUGUACGCUUCGCGGUAUGUUCAAGAACUCACAAGGCUGCAUGAGUGAAUGUACGUGAACGUCUCUUCACGAGCAUGCACUUUUCUUGUGCAUCUGGUGUGAAGGAAAGCACUGUAUGAAUGCUAACAAACUCAGGAACUCUAGAGAUGAAUGUAAUGACGAUUGUGUGAAAUGCUUUACUUUGUAAACAGAGUAUUUAAUAAAAAUGCAAAAAGUUUGAUUUA